GUCUUUAGCUACUAAUAAGAUAUAUUUAUCAGUAAUUGAUCUAUUGGUUUAACAUGAUUCAAUAUAAAACUGUAUUAUUUAUCUUGAUAUUGGCCAUCGUAAAAAGUAAAUGCAGCCCCAAAAUAUCUUGGGAUCCAAAUAUUAUAAAACAAAAUUUAGAUAAAAUAAUACUUGAUAAACAAUCUUUUGUAACAUGUUCUCAAGAGGAAAUUAUAAACUUAAAAGGAUUAAAUUUAAAUAGUAUACCAACAGAAUUAAUUAAAAGUAAAACAAUAGAAGCAAUUUCACUACAAAAUAAUGAAAUAAGUAUAGUUCCUAGCCAUAUAUUUUACGAAACUCCAAAUUUACAGUGUCUUGAUCUGUCACGGAAUAAAAUUUUGCCGAAUAAUCUUGAAAUGAAACAUAAUCGUUUGCAAACGUUAAUUCUCGAUUAUCAAAAGAAUUUACAAAGUAAUAAAAAUGAAAUACUUUUAUCGCAAAAUACCGUCAAAAUAAAAGGGCAAUUUCCAAAUUUGAAAACAUUAUCUUGGAAAAAUUUCACAAAUGAUAUUUUAACUUCCAUAAUAGCAUCAUUUCCGAGAAUAAAUAAUAUUUAUUUAUCCGAUUCUAAUUUACAAUAUAUAAGUAGUAAUAUAGGAACGAUAUUCCCGUAUGUGAAAAAUAUCCAUUUAGAAAAUAAUUUGAUCACUGAGUUAAUUGGACACGAUUUUAGAAAUGUGGAAGAAUUAUAUUUGGAUAAUAAUCCUCUUUAUAAUUCAAUCUGGUUCGAUCCAAAAUUUACAAAUCUAAAAAUUCUCUCAUUAUCAAAUACUAUGAGGAAUCCUCCUAAACUCAACAUUCCAUCGUUAAUAACCUUAGAUUUGUCUCAAAAUAGAUUUUUGUUUGAAGAGGAUAUCUUUGAAUAUACAACAUCUUUAGAAAAUUUAAUUUUAAGUAAAAAUGAAUUUAAAAAAUUUCCAAAUUUAAUUUCUUUAAAUAAUCUUAAAAAAUUAUCGUUGGCUUACAAUGUAAUUACCAAUGUAAAAGAUAUAAGUGUAGGGAAAUCUUUACAAAUGUUAAGUCUACGAGGCAAUCAAAUAUAUAACAUCGAUAAACAAGCAUUUUCCAAGUUUACAGAACUAGAAUUUUUAGACUUAUCGGAAAAUAAAUUACAAUCAUUACCAUUUGCUUGGAAUAAAAACUUGUCAAUGUUGAAAUAUCUCAAUUUAGAGUCAAAUUAUUUUCUAAAAAUAGAAGAUAUGAUGUUGAAUUCAUUAUUUACUUUACAGAAACUUUAUAUAAAAAAUAAUGAUAUCGUGUCGAUAGAUUUAGAUAUAUUAAAAAUUAUACCGCAAAACUGUACCGUAUAUGUGCUUUGAAUAUUAUCACACACGAGAUAAACAAUAAAUCUAAAAGAUUAAAUGUAUUUCGAUUGUCA